AUGUGUUCUCGCUCCCGUUCAGAAUUGGGUGCUGUGCAGGAUCCGGAGCCGCUUCUCUGCCGCCCUCUCCUGCCGGCUGCGAGCGCUGAGCGCGGCCGGAGCGCUGCUCUCGCCAGCAGGAAUAACCUUCCCUCUAUCGAUUGUGUGCACGCUGCUGCUGCUGCUGCUUCCAGAGCCAAAACCCUCGGAUUUCUCUUCUCCCCGAUCCACGGAAAUUGGCUUUCCUCAAAGCAGGCAGCAGGAGUUUCACACUGCCCUGCAGCCUCCACUCGCUGCCCACCAUGGCUGGCCCAGAAAAGGCUCCCUGGCUGCCAGGGGAAACUCCUCAGAUGUGGAACAGGGUGUGAACCUGGGCAAAACCUGAGCAAAAUGCCACCAGAGCUCAUCUGUCUCUUCCUGUGCACUCUGAGCGCUCCAAAUCUCUCGGGAAUUUUAGGAGGAGAUGUUUUGUUGCCAGCACCUCAGAGUAUCUCCAUUCUUUCAACCAACAUGAAACACUUCUUAACUUGGAGUCCUGUGAUCGUCCAGGGAGCAACUGUGAAAUACUCAGUUGAGUUUCAAGGGGAAUACGAGCGGGAAUACGCCAACGGGAGCUGGAUCCCCAUCUCGGAGUGCUCCCUCACCACAGCCACCAUGUGCAACCUCACGGAGGACAUCUCAGCCACCGUGGCCUACAAGCUGCGUGUCAGGGCAGAGCUUGGUGCCACCAGGUCACAGUGGGGCACCACGAAAGGCUUCUUCAACCGCGCCAUGACUUCCCUGACCCCACCCCUGCUGAGGGCCGUGGCAGAGGGGCACCAUUUGCUGGUGGAGCUGGCAGACAUGGGACCCUCCUUCCAGUUCCGGGUGCUCUACUGGAGGAAGAGCCAGGAGGGCAGGGUGCAGCAGAAGGUGCUGAAGGAGGUGAGCUCCGUGGUUCACCUGGACACCAUGGAGGCAGGAGCUGAGUACUGUGUGAAGGCUCAGACACACGUCCAGGCCAUCAACAGGAGCAGCAGCUUCAGCCCCACGCAGUGUGUGAGGGCUCAGGGUGACAAAUCCAUGUGGCUGGUUACUGCCCUCAUCUCCUCUGCUGGCAUUGCUGUGGCAGCUUUGACCCUGCCUUUCCUUACCUGGAAAAUAAGUAAAAUCUUCCAAUACUCCUGCUGCCCCACUGCUGUCCUGCCAGACACACUGAAGGAAUCAGAGCACCCCACCCAGCUCAUCCUGUGGGGCAGUGAAGAAGCUGAGCAAUGUGACCUGAUGGUGGUUGUAAUGCCCUCUGAAGAAGUUCUCCAGCUGUGGAUUCAAAAAACACUUUAG